UUUUGUCCAAUCUGCAACUCGCGCGCCGCAUCCAGUCCUUGCCCAAUCCCACGCCCAGCCCCUUUCCCCUCCAAUUUCCAUAGUCGCGGCACCCUCCCUCCUUCCGCACGAACCCUAGCAAUUGCCAUCCGCCACCCUCGCUCCUCCCAGCCGCCUCCAUGCUCGCUUCCUCCUCCUCCAUCCUCCCAUGCUGGUCUCCCCCUCCCGCAUCUCAUUCAUCUCGUUGGAUCCAACGCGAGGCGAUCUUCUGCGGCGGCGACCCCAUGGAUCCGUCCCUGAGAAGAUGAGAAUGAGAGAGAGAGAGGAAAGAGGAAAGGGAGGUCCAGCGGCGGAGGGGAGAGGGCACCUCUGCCCCUUCCUCUUCCCGCGUCGCCGCCGAGGAUGACGACCGCCUGAUCCAAGAGGCUACACAAGGAUGCGAAGAAGAACAUGAAACACGAGUUGCUUGCCUGCUACAUGGAGGAGGUAAGGCGAACCCAGUCUGUGCCUCCCUUCAUUGGCUAGUUGAUGGAGAUGGUUGAUGGCAACAACGGCUUCGAAGUCCACCACUGUGAGCUGCUCAAGGCGUCUGUCUCGGUUGACCUGCUCCGCCGUCUCCCUUUCCCCUUCUGGUGGCCCCUCCCUACGAAGACGAUGACAGGGAGGAGGGCCCGCCUUUUCCUCAGAGAGGAGGUCGACCGUGGGAGUCUUUGUGUGGAAUGAAGCGAAACAGCAGGAAGGAAAUAGAGCGGGUCGUGUGUCAUCGUGCACAGUCUGCCUUCCAUUGUGUGAGUACUCGCACUUGGAUCGCCCAAUUGUGUGUGCACAGCAGGGGACCAUGCACUGGAACAUCGAAUUCAACCUGCUCACAAGUUGAAGAGAAGGCUACAUAUGCUUUUUGUAGCCAGUACUAAGUAAUCUAAUGAUCCGCUCCUUGCAAUCUAAGAAAAAUAAACAUUCAAGUAAUUUUUGAUCGUAGGUCUGGCUACCAACUAUUUGUGUUUGUGUCUACAAGCUUUUGAAUAUUUUGUCUGGUCUAUUGUUUAUUUGCAAUGUUGGACACUCUUGCCAUUUCCUAUGUUUUUUUUUGUUUGAUCUUACUCUCAAUAAACUGCAUAUUAACUCUGAUGAAUGAGUAUUUUCAGAUUAGAUUGGGUGGCCCCGACAUUGUCUCAGAUCCGAGCAAAUACCAAAAACAUAUGUCAGUUCUGUAGCAUAAAUAGAUUUACAUUUCUUUUCUUUUGCUCCAUUUUUGGUAUGUGUUUUGUCCAUACGAAUUGUUUCACCGAAGCAUGCACAUAGUAGUCAUUGCUUGAGUUAUGAUUGUAACUUACGAUUCUUCAUGUGUUGUUCACUAUAUUUGCCUAUAUGCAUUUAAACGAUGGUGUCCUGCAUAUGUAGUCAGGAAGCUACUAGCAGUACUGUUAGUUAAGGCUUUUCACCCUGUUCAUUAGUUUUACUUUGUGCGUACUGAAAGUAACCAAUAUGCUUCUGGAUCUGUGCUUUGUAGCCCCGCAAUGUUCUGUUGGAGCACAAGAGAUUAAAGCUUCUGAAGUACUAGACCUGGCAAUUUCUUGUUUUUAGGCCUGUAUGCUCCAUUCUGAUUAUUACACUUCGGCUUGUUGGGCUGUACACCAGUAGGGUCAGCUGGACAUUCACAUUUAUACUGAAAUUUUUCAGUCUCCAUGGCAUUAUAUGCCUUGGUCAUAUUCUAUCACUUGUUUGCCAAGGAGUUGGUAGCUCACAAGCCUCUUGCUAUGUUUUUGUGCAUGAAAGGGAUUGUCUUGUCUUUCUCGCUGGUAAACCACUUCCUCUCCUGGCGUAAAGACUCCUGAAAAUUAUUGUAAUUAUCAUUGGGGUUAGUUUUUUUCCUGUGUGUCUGAAUGUUAUUGAUGUAAUUGUACGCAAGUUUGUCUUCGUGGUUGCAUCGGACAUUUAGUUAAGGUGGCGAUAUUGGUUUAGUAAUGUUGAUAGUUAAGGCCUUUUAUUCUUGCCAUGUUAUCUGCUAUGAUUUUGCAUGAAGCCCUCCUCUCACUCACUCUUUGGAUUUGUUCAGCAUGAUAUUUAAUUACCUUAUUUUGUUAUUAUGGCUAAGGUUAUCAGUCUAGGAGCUUUAUCUGCAGUUUAAUUUUCCAUGCAUUGCCAUGUAAAUAUUCAAAUUCAGAAAGAAAAUAAAAAUAAAGGUCGCAAAGAAACAACUAUGCACGGUGAAAAAUAAAGCUAGAGAUAAGUUUGAAACGAGUUUAUGAGCAUAAAUCAGUUAAAUUAUUUCACCUUUCAACACACAACUUUGCUGCUGUAGACAUUCCCAGUGGACUGUUGCUGUUAGUGAACCACCCUAUUGUCUAUGGGUGCUUGAGACUAACAUUCUAACUUGCAAUCCUUAGCGGUAGGAAACUAAAUAGGUAAAUACGACACCCAUUCCAUUUUGUGACACAAUUUCUUUUUAUCAAUUCAAAUCUGAUCAAACUCCUGCUUCUUGAAUAUGGUUAUCUGUCUAUAGGGUUGUGUACUGGACAUUUUGGCUGCUGUAGGGGUUAUUCAGACUCGCCAUUUCUAGCUGGACGUCGAGCGCAUACAGGAUGCAAUCCAGAAUGUCUUGAUUAUCGUAGAAAGGGUUAUCUUCUUGGUCCUCUAGCAAUAUGUGUACCAUGUCGCUCCGUACAGUGGCGCUGACAAGGCGAAAUCCGUGAAGAAAGAAUGAUUCAGGGCUUCGUGCCAAGCAAUAACUGCAGCUGGUUCUUGUAUGAUUUUGUGUGUAUGUGCUGGGAGUAUUGAUUCUAGGUGUUAUAGGAUAUGCAUAUUUCCUUGUGAACAUGUGUAGAGUGAGUAGUUGUUAUAUGCCUUGAACAUUAGAAAACCAGAUGACGAGGAACGACAUAUAGGAAAGCUACUGUUGUUACCGUGUUGUGAGAUUAUGUAAAGCCUGAACAAAGAGAAUUUUGGGGGUUCCACUCGAAUUUGGUCUAGAAUAAAUGGUUGUUUCCUAUUGCUUGUUCAAAAACUUGUCUGAAAUUAUUAGAGUGAUAUGAGUCCAGGUAUGGUUUGGGCUGUCUGUGUGCUUUCUCACACAAAGCUAAUGGAAAAAUGGAAAUAUUUUCAAAGCGCACAUGGUCUCAAAUGGGCCUCCACGCCAUUACAUAAUCUCGGUCUGAGGUUGCUGCUUAUUUGUUCUGCUAGCGAAGGUUUGUUCACUUCCUUUUCUAUCUAGCUGCUGCAUUGUUUUCUUUGGUAUGUGUUGUCAUGGUCAUUAGUUUAGAUUGUGUUAAUAUUCAGGAUUUGGCACAGUUGUGUUCUGUUUUGGCUCAUGCUUGCUGCUUGCGUGAUUGAACAUCUGGUGUUUUGUCCGAUCAACCAUUUGUGAACACUAACUUUCAAUCAUGAAUCAUAUCCAGAUCAUAGCCAUCAUAGAACAUUUUUACCAGAUUCCUCUUGCUAUCACCACAAGGGGAAAUUGCUUAUGGUGGCAAUAUGCUCUUCUAUGCUGUCAGAUUGACUCUUUUUAUUAGCAUGUAGACUAACUUUUAGUUCACUAAGAUUAGUUUUUGUUCACAUUGCUCUGUAUAUAAGAAAGGGAUUGUUGUGAUGAAAAGGUGUAUGACAUUCUGGCAAAACAUUGUUUAGUAAAAAUUAUGUAGAGGUAAAUUUUAGAGGUGAAAUGUUGUGGAUGUUCUGACGGGGAGAUGCUUGGGCUAACUUUAGCGUCACACUUUAUUCAAUAUCUGGGUAUUGGGUUCUACUAAUUGUCAGCACCUUUAUUUUUUGUUUUCCUCCCAAUUCCAUGAGAUAUUUAUUAGACUAUAAAUCACAUGCUUGCAAGUCAUUAUGUCAUCUUUCUCUAACCACCCCCUCCCAUCAUCUUGGCUUGCAGGUCGCCGUGUGUCUCCCGCCAGUCCGCGACAUAGCUUGCAAUCUAGAUCCAAGAAAGAAGAGAUAGGACCAAGGAAAUUAGGUGCUUCUCUAUCCCUCUAUCACUUACAUUUUAUUUUCCUAAUGUGGAUUUUCUAAAGAUGAUGGAUGAUGUGUGCCGCUCCCUCCUCUGGUUUUAGUUUCAGCAUGUUUCUCUCCAUGGUCCUCUCUAUUUUUCUGUAGAGUUUAACUAAACCAUAAAGAAUGUGGAGGUUUAUUUUAACUAUGUUUGUACCCAUGCAAAUCUUGAAUUGUUUACAUUAAUAGUUUAUUGACUGACAGAAUAAAGUAUCUUGUGUUCAACAUGCUCACAAAACUGAAUAGAAUCCCUUGUGAUGUCGAAUUCAGGUAUUACAGGGGAAAACACCAUUUGUUUUCUGGAUUCAUUUUUUUUUUGUAAAACUAGCCGGAUAGUGAUCUUAAUGAUACAAUGCAUUUUUUUCGUACAAGUCGCUGGUGCAAUUUGCACCUGGCAAAUAAAUUUGUAUUACUACCUAUUUUACCAGGUAAAACACCAACAAUGUUGUUUGAGGUGCAUGUAUCGGUUGUAGCGAAAAUGUGCAUCUGACGAUGCAAUAUGACCAUGGAGCUCUGCAAGGCUUCAGGAUAUGUACCGCAACUAAGAGACUUGACACACCGCCACUUGCUCCUACCACCAUGCAAGUGGCCGAUGCUUUAGUGUCGAACUAUUAAUUAGUCCCCCUUUUUUCUUUAAUCUAUUGAAUGGUGCCUCUUACCAUAAAUACUUGUUAUGUGGACUCAAUAGAAAUGAUGUUUUACACAUCUUUGAUAGUUAUAAAACAAAUGUCAUAGAUGAUAGCUAUUUCUAUUAUGGGGACGUCUCAAACUGUUGUUCAUCUUCUAUUCAAUGUUUGAUAUUCCUUCAUUAUUUUUAUGCAGAAGGGCUAAAGCUUCAAUCAUACAUGUUUUCUCAAACCUAAAACUUCUAACUAAUGAAAAUAUUUUAAAAGCAAUCAUGAUUUUGAAGGUACAUAUGUUUUAAAACAAAGACCAUGUAUUUUUUGCUCAAACAAAAAGUCACUCAAAAAUGCAAAUGUUUUCAAUGCUAACAUGAUUUUAGAUGAACCUUUGUGAACAUGGUAGCAAGCAUUUUGUGCUAUCAAAUUAAAAUGUGUAUAUAAAUCUAAUUAUAAACAACAAUCCACCAUGUUUCCUAUUAAAGGGGAUUAAACCAUGUAUAUUUUUUUCAUCACGCGCAUGGAUUUAGCGUGCCUCUGCGCCAACAGGCCCACUAGUUCUAAUAACACCUACCCUUAUUCUGCUAUCACCCAACCACCCGGCGCAAGCAGCCUCGUAAAUUAAACGUGCAACCCACUACUUGCACUGACCCCGCCCCCACCUCCAACCCCGACGCCCACGACCCCCACACCUUCUUUCGUUCCCAUCCCUUCCUGCUGUCUCCACCCUUCCCUUCCUCCUACAUCGCUGAUGAAAUCCAGGGCGGGCGGCCAUCUUCCAGCGACCACCCGAGGCACCCUAGCUUGACCUGAUCCGGAGACUUCGGCCUCCUCCUUGCUGCACUGUGUCAGGGCCCUCCCCUAGCCCAUAUGGGCUUGCCUCUGGACAUCAUAUGGGCUUGCCUCUGGACAUCACAUGGGCCUGGCCCGGCUGGGAAUCCUCUGGCCGCUGCAGCUACAAAUACUUGGGCAAAAGCAACGAACAGCCUAUCCAGUGGAUCACGGCACGAAUCGGCGGCGGCUCUUUCCUCUUCCUCCUCUGGCUCUCUUCUCAAUCCCCAUUUCCUGCUGCAACUUGUAUCCUAGAUUAGCUACCUCUUGUAAUCGGCUACUGUGAUUGAGUAGUGAGAGUUGGUUCUUAACAUCUGGUAUUCAGAGCCAGUCCACCACCUUUCCACCACCCAAAUUUUCCCCAAUUUUUCUUCCACACCGAUUCAUCCGUUCCAUCGGCGACAACGCCAUGCCUGCCGACAAACCACCAGAGUGGGAUGCCAUGUCCACCAAGGAGCAGUUGUUGUGGUAUCUCGAGAGGUUAUGCGCUCAGGCAGACGAUAUGUGCUCAGCAUUGGGUAUUGCACGAGUGGGUGACCCUCCCAUGGUCACCUCGCUUAUCGAUCCGGCGGCUUCAACCACGACGCAUGCCUCGUCCGCGCCCGUCCCCGACGUCUCCUGCUCCACCACCAAGUCCCAGGAGGUCCUCAAGGUCCUCCACGACACGGCCCCUGCCUCCAUCGAGAUGGCGCACGUCAUCUGUUCGAUGAAAUGCUCGGACGAGGUCGCCACCACCGAAUUUGGCGACACGGGCCAUGAUGCCCCUACUGCCAUCCUUCUCAAGCCAGCGGUCGACCUCAACGACAUCACGCCCACCCCUCCAAUGGCCAAACCGGAAGACCAGAAGGAGUACCAGGUUGUUGCGACCACGCCCUGGGCUGUCGAUAUCACCAUCGAUGUCCAACUUGCCACCCCUAUACCUCCCAUGCUCUCGAGGUAUGACCCUGACAACAACUGCGACGACGUUGCUGAUGCGUCCCUGAUUUUGUUGGUCGCGCACUCGGCGAAAUCAGUGCCUUCGGUUGUCCUCGUCCACGGCAAUGCCAGGGUGCAGCCAAUUGCACGCACAGAGCAUCGACCAAAUGGCGUUCAUCUUGUGAUGGGGAGCAAAUGCUUACUACUGCCACCAUUGCAAAAGGAAAUCAAGCAGCAACCGUGGCCACCCCCUAUUCAAGUGCAGAUUGUUGAGGAGGGUGUUGUUCUCUUCUAUGACAUCCCUCAAAGCUGUUUUACUGAUGAUUUUGGCUAUGAGUGGUGGCCACCUGACCACCAGCCGGGUGACUAUCAAACAGAGCUUUCUUUUGCAGUACAUCCAGAUGGAGAACCGUUCUUGAACCAUGUCUGGGACGUCUCGCCGCACACAAGGCACCAGGGCCUGCUACUACGGCCGAUACCGUGGCCAUCGUUUCUGGAAGAUCAUAUUGCAGAAGGGAAUGAGAUUCAACCAACUCCAUGGCCAUCAUUUGCAGUCAGUGUGCCAUCAGAGGUUUGUCAUUCUAGUGUUGCCCAUUGCAACUUCUCGGUGACUACUUCUGUUCAUAGCCUUCAUAAAUGGACAUUCAGGGCACAUCCAUAUCAGUUUGCCCAAGUGCUUGACAUGGGUUUGACUAGUAGCAGCUUUCCAAUGGAAUCAUGUCAUGUUGGAGAUCUUGUGGGCAAUCACCGUAGACACUGCAUACAGAAGAAUUUUUCUGGUGAUCUAAAGCUCCCGAGAGAAUCCUGGAAGUACCUACAAAUUGUACAGCGGAAACCAUGUCAGCCUGAGCAGGAAUGGAGGUUAUCUAUUUCAACUGAGCUACAAGGUUAUGACACACCAGGUGCGGACCGUGAGCACCAAACAAAGGCGCAACCACUGUUCGAGUUCAGUCAAGGGACGACCCAGCUGAAGCAUCCGUGGCCAUCAUUGUCAUGCAAUUGCCGAGCAGUACAGGUUUUGAGCAUGUCAGUGUUGUAUCUCUCGAGUGUGCAGUUGAAACUAUCUCCCUCUAAGAAGGCCUUUUCUGCAUUUCGGGCUCGAGAUGUACAUCCAAGGUUUGGGUUCAGUCAAAAAAAUAUUCAGCUGAAGCUAGCAGGGCCACAUUUUUCCCGGGAUUGCCGAGCAGUGCAGUUUCUUGUUAUUCAUGAGAAGUUGACUAGUCGUUUGUGCCAUGAGCAAUUGUGGAGCACUAAAUACCAUGUGUGUAAAAACCAAGAGCGGCUGAACUUAUGUGAAAAUCACGUUCUGGAGCAAGCUACUACUUAUAAUAUUCCUUGGCAUGAGAAAUUGCAGGGGGGCAUGAAGACCAUGAGCAUGUCAGCAAAUUGGCCACUUUUGGUUCAGAGGGAAUAUAAGAGGAGUGGCCAUCUUGUUAAGAAAUGCAAUGCUAAACAAAUACCUGGGGGUUCCAGAGCUAGAAUUCACCUAACUAUACUACUGAUCACUUUUAACUGUUGCCCCCCAUUUGGUGCAAAAAUGCUUGGUGGAAAUGCUUAUCACUUGCUUAUGAUACAGAUCAUCGCAACCCUUCUGAGCGAUUUACCAGCGAAAUCUAUUGGAGCUGAGUUGCAGCAACAUGUUACACUGCCUGGGAAUUAUUUUGCAUUGUUUCAGCCGAAGUCCCGAAGGCCACUUCAUAUCAUUGUUUUCGCUCAGGUGUCUUUGUUCAGCAAGCAGGCCAUAGCUGAAUCUCUGCAUGACAAGACGUCCCCUUGGCCACUGAUUAAAUUUGAGGUUCUUGUGCUACCUGACAACAAGUCAUUUGUGCUAAUUUCCUUUCUUUCCACAAGAAAGUGGAGCGUACUAGGAGGCCCAUCGCAAGAUGUUGCUGAACUAGAUGGUAUGGUGGGAAAGGUGGAACGAGUAUCUCAUAUGGGCAACCCCAUUCAUCUAUUCGUUGAGCAACAAAUGUCACUACCUGACCCUGACGACAACACAAGCAUGAAUAACAUACAAAUUGCAAUUAUGCACAAGUCAUGGGACCCCAGGAGCAUUACCAUGCCAACUUCGCAUCUUCAGCCGUCAAAGGUUACAGGGGCAAUGGUCUUUAGCAAGGAAGCACGAGCCGUGGGUGGAAUGGUGCCUUGUACCCUCUCUGGUCAAGAGCAUGCUGAAAGAAGGGGGUUGAAGAUCCUUAUGUCGAUGCUCACCAGCCAUGAGUGGUAUGUCGUUCUCUCAAUGCUGCUAUGAAGAGCAUUUUCAAGGAGUGGGGAAUGUCAUCGCGGUCGUUGUUGCUGCCGGCUUGGUGCAAGGCUACGUCGACCACAAGUACUACAUCAGCGUCUACAACAACUACUUCCUCGACAUCUUCUUCGUUGAGGUCGCCAUCGGCCACGACUACUACAACCUCGUCAUUCAAGUCAACCCCGACUUCGACUACCACCACGACAUCAAGCUAGUCAAGGAACACCCAGUGCCAUGGGAUCCGGGCGGUUCUCAAUGGCGUCGUUCAAGGGGCAAGGACGAUCGAGUGCAAUGGGAUCCGGGAGGGUCUUGGUGGCGUCGGCUUGGGGGCAAGCCGAAUCUCAAGAAGGGGGGAUGUCAGGGCCCUCCCCUAGCCCAUAUGGGCUUGCCUCUGGACAUCAUAUGGGCUUGCCUUUGGACAUCACAUGGGCCUGGCCCGGCUGGGAAUCCUCUGGCCGCUGCAGCUACAAAUACUUGGGCAAAAGCAACGAACAACCUAUCCAGUGGAUCACGGCACGAACCGGCGGCGGCUCUUUCCUCUUCCUCCUUUGGCUCUCUUCUCAAUCCCCAUUUCCUGCUGCAACUUGUAUCCCAGAUUAGCUACCUCUUGUAAUCGGCUACUGUGAUUGAGUAGUGAGAGUUGGUUCUU